AUGGCAGCCCGGCAGAGACGCGGACGGGGAGGCACCACGGGAGCCGGGCCCAGGGCUAGCCCACCCCACAGCCGCCGCGGCCCAGGGGGGGCAGCCGGCCGGGCCGGGGGCGCGCGCAUCGGGGCGUGGGCGGGGCUCGGGGCGGCGGGGGACCCCGUCCUCAGCCUCCAGGGCCGGGCAGGGGAAAGGGAGAGCAGCGGCGACGACCGCACUCACCUGGCAGCACCACCUCCUCCGCCGGCGGCAGCAGCAGAGCCGGCAGCCUCCGGCACCAUCUUCCGCCGCCGCCUCGUUCUCGGCGGCGGCUACCAACCGCCCAUCCGGGGCCGCCAACCGACACAACCGCCGGCGUCCCAGCUGCCAGCCGCGGCCCCGAACUCCGGGCUGACGGACCAGCGGGAGGGGUCGGACGAAGCGGGGUCGCGGUCAGGCCCCUCGGCUCUGGGUCAGCGGCCGGGGCCGGGGGACAGAGAGCGGUCAGAGCCGAGGGGCCGGGCUGUCAGGGGGACCCCGAGGCAGCGCCGAGGGCUCCGCAGGGCCGCGGACACCGCCGCGACUGGGUUUGUUUUUGUCGACUCCGUCCCUUCCUCUGCAGAGCAUGCCGGGAAGCGGCCUGGGGGGAGGGGCGCGCCUGGCAUCCCCGGCUGCGCAGAGAGGCGCCGCGCAGCUCCGGAAGUCGGCGGGCUGCCGGGAAGGGGAAUGGUUCCGCCCCCGGCGCUGUCCACUGCCGGGCCGCAGGCCUGUCCUCUGAUGACCCAAUCCGAUCUUGCUGGGACAACCUGUUGGGGCACUGGCCGCGGACUACUUCCAAGGGGAGCUUGACCUUCGUGGCUUCAGUGAAUUGGAUGUUGGAUCAGCCCCAAGUGAACGAGCCGUCCUCCAUGCACAUGACGCUAAGCCAGGCCGACCCAGUGGGGGUCUCGUGACUCGACCCGGGGCAGCCCGGAGACGGUGCCAAGAUGUGUAAGACGAGGCCUUUGCAGGGAGGGUUGUGGCCCGACCGGGCAAGAAUACCACCUUCCCUGCCAACUCACCCCCCGCGCCGGGACUGUGUCAGCAGCUGACAAGUGUCUCUGGUAACUGCCAGUGAGGGGCGCACAGUUUCUCUUAGACCAGAGAAAGACAGAGAAGGAGGCACGGGAAGCACACCAUAACACUGUUCCCCCAUUUUUGCUGCAUCCCUUAAUGCUAUGGUGCUCUCACAUGGUGUCAGGGUUUGGACUUGGAGUAUUAUGCAUGCAAGAUGCCAGUAAGCAAACAAAUAGUUAUGUCUCUUCGGCGGCAUCCACUCUGGCGACGAUGGCCUAGAAGAGCCGCGGGUCAUGGCAGCCCACGACACCCUUUUUGAGGGGCUGACCCAAGUUGUAGUGCUCAACGAAGCUGCAAGCAUAGCGCGUGUAGACGAGCGUGAUCGGCUUUUUGUACUGCUCCACGAUCACCGCACUGGGCAACUCGGCUGGAUCGUCCGCAGGACGUCAACAGGGCUCACAGCUCCAGCUGGCCUCUGCACAAUGAGGUGCACACAAUCUCGUCGCAGUAGAUCACAUACUUUUCCUGGCAGUAGGCAUUGCAGGUCUCCAGAUCGGUUAGGAAGGGCAGGAAAUCUUCGAUGUGCUUCUGCAUAUACUUGGCAGUUCGGCUCCUUGGGCUCUCCAGCGUCAUGGAGAACACCAGCUGGUCUUGGAUAGCUUAGUACGUGCAGUGGCCGUCAGCUGGUAUAUCCUCCACAUUCUGGCCCCCAGGAUGGCAGAGUGCCUCAUCUCCUCCUCGCGGCAGAAGCUGUUAAGGUGCUCCAUCUCGGCCUCAGCGAUUCUCUCCUGCCACUCUCACUCCAGGGCAGCUCUUCCUUCAUGUCUUCUCUGUGCCCUGGACGGGUGGGGCGGCUGGUUCUCCAGAUCCAUCUUUACCAGGUCUUCGGUGCCGUAUCCAGGUUGCUGCUGCCGCAGAAGCUCUCACGGUCCUUCUCCAACUCCUGUUGGUGCCUCUGCUCCAUCUCAGCUUCAAGGCGAGCCACGUCAAUGUACAACUGUUUUCUUUGCUGUUCAGGCCCUGGAUUCAGGCCUGAAGGUCUUUGUUCUGGCAGUGGUGGCGCUGUAACAUCUGCUGCUGUUCACUCUGUGCAUCAUCCAUGUUCUUGAAGUUCAAGUUUAGUGGUGGUUAAAGUUUUCGUUCAGAAUUUUAUGCUCUUCAUUUUUGUCACCUUACAAAAGUAGUUGAUAAAGCCUCAGUCAUUUUCCUUGUUCCUGUAGUUACAGUGAGAUCAUAAAAGUGACAGGGAUCCCAAUUUAAUAGAAGAUUUCCAGAUAUCUCAAGAGGCUGAUGAUAGUGAGUGUGAUUUACUUUAUAGUUCUGUGCUAUAUGUGUUUAAGGAGACAGGGUUUAGAGAAUAUUCUCUUCUGUAGCCUGCAAUCAAAUCUAAGUGAUUUGUCGUUUCCCAUAAGGUCUGUGCUAACAUGAGUAAAUGAAAUGAUUCUGGCUCUUUAGUACCUGAAAUAAAAUUAACUUAAUCGAUUUAA